AUGGAUCCCAUGGAGGGCAACCUCUCCGGGCGAGGCAAAGCCUUCGCAACAGAGAAGCCAACCUUUCUCGAGGUAUUGAGUGAUUUGUGGGAUCCGGUAUCCAACCCGGAUGGGAUCGUGAAUAUUGGUCUUGCCGAGAAUACUCUCAUGCACGCGGAGAUGGAGAGGUUUAUCAAUUCUAAUCUCCAAAUCGAUACACAUGCAUUGACCUACGGAGAUGGGUUCAACGGAUCGCACAAGCUCAAAGGAGCCAUUUGUCAUUUCCUGAACCGUCUUUUUUCUCCUCAGAUCGCGCUACAGCCCUCCCAUCUUGCCAUUACAUCCGGCGUUAGCAACGCAAUAGAAUGCUGCGCCUGGGCCCUGGGAGACUCUGGGGAUUACAUUCUGGUUGGACGGCCAUAUUUCAAUGCAUUUAAGACGAUAUUUGGAACCAGACCAGGAAUUAACCUUCUCGAAGUAACGUUCGGAGCAACAGAUCCAUUCAGCAUGGCUGCAGUUAAAGAGUACGAGAAGGCAUACGCUGAAUCAAAGAGUAAAAAUCUUCGCAUUAAAGCUCUUCUACUGUGUUCACCACACAAUCCCCUCGGAUUUCGGCGCGACAGGUCUCAGGAUUGGUUGUUUGAUUACCUCCAUAAUUUCCCUUCGAGCCUCGCAGACCAAGUUGGAACGUCUCUCUUACUAGACGACACGUUCACCAGAGAGUACAUCGCAACCAAUCAAAUUCGCUUGGCAGAAAGCUACCGUUUUGCGACGGAAUUUCUCCAGUCCCAUCAUAUUCAAUACGUUGAAUGUAAUGCCGCAUUUUUCAUUUGGAUGAACUUGGGAGCCGCAGUCAAAAAUCGCACGGCCAGUGAUAAGGAUAUUCUGACAAGACUUCGAAAAGAGAGAGUGUAUGUCGCGGCUGGGACCAACUAUGCCGCCGAGGAAGCGGGGUGGUUUCGAAUGGUGUUUGCGCAUCCUCAGACUUUGUUGAGCGAGGGACUCAAUAGGAUGCUUCGGGCUAUCCAAUCGUAG